UGUAACUCAGCUGGGAUUUGCCGUCCGACCAGACAGGCCACUGUAAUUCAUGUAGUUAGAUCUUAAGUGGGUUUGUUCACCGCGGCACUAAUCUCUCGCUACUAUUAAACGUGGAGCGACUAACCUGGAGAGCUCUGCACAUCGACACGGGUCCCGCUUCUCUACGCUUCUAUUCCGCUUUGCUUUUGCACCGCAUCUGAUUCCAGUGGUCUGAAAACUCAUUACGCGACAGUUUAAAGAUAGUUUAUGAUUUUAUUUCGGUUUUAAAGUUGUUGAUUUUUUGAGAUUUUUAAAGCGUCCGCUCCGUUACGCAUCGGAUAUGUGGUGGAUGCUGUUUCCCCGAUGGAUUUGGUUUCUUCUGGGACAUUGUUACACAGUACUGCUUUAUAUGGACAGCUGCCGUGUGAGAGCGAUGCCCAUGCCCAUGUCUGUGGCAAAGGUGGUGUACUCUCACGCGGGUCUGUGCCCGAAUGACCUGAACCCCAACCUGUGGGUGGAUGCUAUGAGCACCUGCAUGCGCGAGUGUGAAUCUGACCAGGACUGUGAGACAUUCGAGAAGUGCUGCCCUAACGUGUGUGGUAACAAGAGCUGCGUGGCAUCACGCUACAUCGACGUCAAAGGCAACAAGGGCCCCAUAGGAAUGCCACAGGGCGCCACCUGUGACAAGUUCAUGUGCUCUCAGCAAGGCUCCGAGUGUGACAUCUGGGAUGGCCAGCCUGUGUGUAAGUGCCGGGACCGCUGUGAGAGAGAGCCCCACUUCACAUGCGCGUCUGACGGCAUGACGUACUAUAACAAGUGCUACAUGGAUGCAGAGGCCUGUUCCAAGGGUAUCUCUAUCUCUGAGGUCACCUGCAGGUACCACCUGACCUGGCCAAACACCAGUCCAAUCCCAGCAGAGACCACCUUACAUCCCACCACUGCCCUCCAGACCACCCUUCCAGCUGACAUCCAGCUCCCCACCAUACACAGCGGCCCCACUCAACAGGCUGUUUUUGUGGGUGAGACAGCCAGCUUCCUUUGUGAGGUGUCCGGGAAGCCACAACCAGAGAUCACCUGGGAGAAACAACUGAAGGGCAAAGAGAACACCAUAAUGAGACCCAAUCAUGUCCGAGGGAACGUCGUGGUCACUAACAUAGGCCAGCUGGUCAUAUACAAUGCGCAACUUCAGGAUGCCGGUAUCUAUACAUGUACAGCCAGAAACGUUGGGGGAAGUGUAUCGUCACACUUUCCCUUGGUAGUGAUAAGGAAGGAGGCGAAAGGUAGGAAUGCAGAGGGGAACAGUACCAAGCUGCCAUUUCCAGCUGAAGAGUGCCUUAAGAGUCCAGACACAGAUGACUGUGGAGAAGAGAGCAUGAGCUGGUACUAUGAACCAAAGAGGAACAAUUGCUUCACCUUCACCUACAGUCAGUGCAAUAAAAACCGCAACCAUUUCGACACCUACGAAGCCUGUAUGCUGUCAUGUGGAGGAGAGCUGGCAGCUCCCUGCAGCCUACCGAGCCUCCAAGGGCCCUGCAAGGCCUAUGAGCCUCGCUGGGCUUAUAGCAGCAGUCUCAAAAAGUGUCAGUCCUUCGUGUAUGGAGGCUGUGGCGGCAACGAGAACAACUUUGUGUCCAAAGAAGCCUGUGAAGAGAUGUGUCCCUUUCCGAAGAACCACAACUGCAAGGCAUGUAAACCUCGAGCCAAGAUGGUCACCAGCUUCUGCAAGAGUGACUUUGUGAUCCUCGGGCGUGUGACCGAACUGACAGAGGAGCAAGAGUCAGGCCAUGCUUUGGUGACAGUGGAGGAGAUCUUGAAGGAUGAGAAGAUGGGUCUGAGGUUCUUUGGCAAAGAGCCCCUGGAGGUGACACUUCUGAACAUGGACUGGAACUGCCCCUGCCCCAACGUCACCACAGCCGAUGGGCAGCUCAUUAUCAUGGGAGAUGUUCAAAAUGGGAUGGCUGUCCUGCAGCCUGAUAGCUUUGUAGGCUCCUCUAGCACCCGCAGAAUCAGGAAGCUUCGUGAGGUUGUCCACAAGAAAACCUGUGAUUUCCUUAAAGAUUUCUCAGCUGUCCAGUAGUCUUUUAAAGUCUCAC